UAAAAGACUGUAAAAUUGAAACCAGUAUAUCAGUGUAGUAGAUACAUAGGAUUACCCUAAAUUAACAAACGGUUCGGAACUUUAAUUUAUACUGUAACAAUAUGUAAAAAACACAUAAUUUUACUGUGGAAAAUAUAAUACUUUGGUAAAAUUAACGGGGAAAUACUAUAAUGUCACAAAUAUGUAAUCACACUAAAAUUAACACUUUAAUGCUGUUUAAAUUACAGAUUUUGCUGAUGUGUACUUUAAAAUUUAUGGUAUAAAACUGUUUACAAUUCAGCAAGAACAUACCUUAAUUUAUACGGCAAUAAGAUGGUAAAAAUAUGGUAAAAAAAUGUUUGAAAAAAAGUAUGGUCAUGGACAGUAAAACAUCAGAAACCAAGAAGAGUUUACCACCCUAAGUCAAGAAAUGAUACAUAACUUAAAUUUUUGCUGUCAUAAUCCGUUUUUACUGUGGAAAUAUACAUUUUUGGUCAAAUGACCAUUAAUUUGACCAAAAUGUAUAUUUUCACUGUAAUGUCAAACCGUAAUGUCAGAUUUUGCAGAUCUAUGUGUACUUUUGAGUAGGUGAGUUCAGCAUUAUAAUCCUCAAAACGGGCCUGCUGUGACUGCAGAGUAUGUGGAGAAUAUUGUGUGCACAUGGUGUGUACUCUGCUCUCAAUUGACUGGUGGGAGGAGAGGGGGGAGGGGGCCUGUGAGGCCCGCCAACCUGUAAUGGAGAUAGAGACGUGCGCGCGCGCACACACACACAGGAGAAAGAGACACGCGCAACGUAACGGUCACGCAAUUCAAACUGCGCGGCGGUCUGCACAAUGCAGUUUGUUUUUUUUCUUCUGUGAGGAUUAAUUUGUGAUGGCACAACGCGACUAAAGAGCACGGUGAUCCAAAUCUGUGUGGACCAGAGAGGACCAUUGAGAACUACAAUUCUGCUGUUGAUCGCCUCCAGACUGAAGAUACAUCACCACAUGUGGAAGGAGUGAAGUUUAAAAAUGGAUGAUGCAGAGCAAAUCAACAUACGCAGUGCCAUCACAAAGGUGUUGCCAGACCUCCCAGCCUCAAUCUUGGAUAUUUUAGUGGAGACACUCCAAUCAUUGGGGGUAGAGACCACUGAGGACUUUCACUUCAUUCAGGAAACUGAUUUGCUCUCAACACUGAGACCAAUUCAAGCAAGAAGAUUGGUAGCUGCCUGGAAACAAACCACACAAACCAAUGAAGGCCAUAGCCAGGCAGCAUUGUCUUCUCCAUCUUCCUCAACAUGCUCUUCAGUCAGUCUCUCCCCAUCGUCCACCCGCUGGAUUACUCCUGCAGACUGGGUUAACGACUUCCAGAUCCCAUGGACGAAGUUUCCUGAAGACUUGAUGCAGUGUUUAGAGAGGGGAAAAAGGCCAAGUCCGCGGCUACGCAGAGAAAUGGUCCGGAUUGUAGUUACUGAAAUGAUGAAAGCCUGUGCCUCUCCCAGUACAAAAGCCUCCACAGAAGUUGCCAAAAAAAUGACUGCAAAGUAUCCACGGUCACUGCAAGAUGUCAUAGCAGGUGAUGUGGUUGGACUAGGAUAUCACUCACUAGUCAAGCAGUUACAAGCCCGAAUUGAAAAUGUGAAGCGGUCUUCAACACCAAGGAUAAAGAAGCGCAAACAGGUGUCAGAUGAGUAUGACACAGAUGAAAUCCCAGCUGAACAAAGGGCAGCUAUGCAGGACACCUAUGGUUGCGUAAAGUGGGAAAUGAAAUAUAUGCCAUUGAGUGAGACACCAGAAAGCCAACAGCAGAAGAAAGACAAAAUGAAAGCGCUCAGUGAACAGACUAACUUCAGCCCAGGCGAGGUAGAAACUCUUAUGAAGUGUACCUACUACUCCCAACGUAAAGAGAUAAACCAGGGAACAGAUCUGCAAUCCCUCAUGGAGGAGUGGCCUUUUUUGUUCCAGGAGAUUGGCAUGACAGUCCACUUCCAAGAGCUCACUGGCAUAUCGCUGAAAGAGACUUUCCUCACCAAUGUAGAAAAAAAGGGAAAACGGCUUCUGGACUUAAUGAGGACCAUGUGUGCAAACAAGAGCAAAAGAAUUCUUCAGGCUGUCACAAAGCUGGAAAUUCUGAGAGGACAGUUGGAGGGCUGCUCAGAAGAUGUCAAGGAUAUGGUGCUCCUUCUUCUCUCCUACUUUGAUGAAAAAGAGGAGAACCUCUUCCACUAUGUUGAACAAACAUGUCUGGCAAAAGAAGUACAAGUGGAAAGCUUGCCUGUUACACCAUGCAUCAUUGUAUGUGGAACAUCUUGCUAUGCCUCAAGGCAGUUCAUGCUGAGUGUAGAUGGCAAAGUUGUGAAUGACCACAUCCCCAACUUCAUCUCUGCCAUCUGUUUGAUGUUUGGAACCUACUACUGCCUCAAUAUCCAUUAUCCUGUGGGUCUGGGCUCCACACUUGAGUUCCUUCAGAGGUGUUUCUUCAUGAUCAAUCCUGAGAGGGGCACAAAAGUUGAAACAAAGAAGAACAAGAAGCAGCUGACGGUGAACCCAAGAGUCCUCACCCUGAUCGCAGAUCUCUCUGACCAGGAUUGGAGAGGGACAUGUUAAAGAUGGACUUAUCCAACUGAACUGUUAAGUCUGACCUCUUGCACAGCGCCACCUGUAUGAACCGGUAUGAAACAAUGUACGCAAAGGCUGCAACUAAUCAUAGUUUUCAUAAUCAAUUAAUCUGUGUAUUAUUGUCUUGAUUAAUUGAUGAUUGAUUGAUUGAUUGGUUUGGUCCAUAAAAUGUCAGAAAUGGUGAAAAUGUGGAUCACUGUUUUCAACGUCCCAAGGGACGUCCACAAAUGUCUUAUGUCCAAUUUUGUGUAUUUUUUGCCAUUUUUGUUAGAGGCUGUACUUUCAGUUAGGUCAAACAAUUUGAAGGUUUUACUUGAACAAUAAGAUCAAGGCAACAGCAAUAUAGUGUAUUAUUUAUUUAUUUUUUGCCAUUUUUGUUAGAAGGUAAUACUGACUUUGGUUACACAAUCCUAAUUUUGCAUUCCAUGCAGGGAGUUUUCUAGUUUUGGCUUCUUGUUUUAUAUUAUGAGAAGCAACUUUUCAGAUGCUGGUGUGUUACAGGGAACAUUGACUCGAUGGAGUUUGUUUAAUAGUGUUUAUUUUGAUGUGUUGUCUGAACAUCAGUGACUUGAUUAAAGUUUGAGUUUUGUUUUCCA